UUGUAACAGUUCUUGAAUUUUCAAUUUACUGUUGAUCCAAGAACAUAAGGGUUACUUGAAUGUCCUAAAAGGACACCAUAUAAAGCCCAAUAAGAAAUCUGUUGGUAUAAUCGUGUACAUCAAGGUCCACCAUAUGCAUGCUACUCUGCUCCAUUUAUAACAAAACACGUACGAAUAAUCAGAUAGAGUCAGAUCCACGAUACUUACGAUGGCAUCGUUUUCACUACUUCCGUGGUCUUAACUCUUUAACCAAUAAUAAAACGCAACGCAGCGUUUCUAAGAAGAACCUCGUCGUUACGACAACAGUGUGAACACGCAAAACAGAGCAAAGAAGACUUUUCGAGAAAAACAGAAGAGAGAGAAGCCAUGUCGUCAUCUUUGAGCAACGACGAUUCGCAGCUCGGUGAGUCAAAUCGUUCUGCAGAAGUAGAUGGCGGCGAGGGAGGAAACUACACGGCUUACGAGUCUCGGUUCCAGUCGCAGCGGUUUGACUCGUCUUUCUCCAACUUCGAGAAAGACUUAGCAGGCGGCGGCGAUUCGUCUCCUUACUCCAACCAAGAAGAUAUCUCGUCGCCGCAGAGGGAACUACCGGAAACUCAAUCUCCGCCGUUGAAAAACAGUUCCGAUGAUACCAACGGUCCGAUCUUGCCUCCUCCAUCGGCCAUGGAGAAAGAGGAAGGUUUUGCUCUCAGGGAGUGGCGAAGGCUUAAUGCUCUGAGAUUGGAAGAGAAGGAAAAAAAGGAGAAAGAAAUGGUUCAGGAGAUUAUAGAAGCAGCAGAGCAAUACAAGGCUGAGUUCUAUAGCAAGCGUAGCAUUACUAUUGAAAACAACAGGAAAACCAACCGCGAGAAAGAGAAGUUGUUUUUGGAGAGCCAAGAAAAGUUUUAUGCUGAAGCUGACAAAAACAGCUGGAAGGCUAUUGCUGAACUCAUUCCUCGUGAAGUACCAGUGUUAGAGAAGAAAGGCAAGAAGAAGCAAGCUUCCGUAACUGUGAUACAGGGGCCAAAACCAGGUAAGCCAACUGAUUUGUCUCGUAUGCGUCAAGUGAUCACGAGACUCAAGCACAAUCCACCUUCUCAUAUGAAGCCUAAAGUACCCACAGCAUCUGAAAGUGGACCCGUGAGUGAAACGGUGUAGUCUGUGUUUGUGUUAACUUUUUCUUUGUUUUGUCUAAAGCGUGUGUUAUUUGUUAGCUUCCUCAUGUGUUCAGUUUCGAAUUUUGCUUUUCGUGUGUUACGUUUCUCUGGUCCUAGCCUUGUUGGCUUCCCACACAGUUUUCGACUUGGAUGUAUCUAUUCUAAUAAAACACACCAAAAUAUCUGUACUAA